AUGGAAGAGAUUUCACCUGCAGUUGCACUGACUUUGAGUAUAGCCAACACGAUGUGUGACGCAGGAAUGUCAUCGACUUUAGAUAUCACCCAGCUGGAGAAUGUUACUGAUGCUGUUGACAUGUUGUGUGAUGAGAAAAGUCAAAGGUAUCGUAAUGGAGAGGUUGAUUAUACGAUGGAAGAUGUUUCAGAAGAACCAGAAGAGAAAUCUUUAUCUGAAGCGAGAAGCUUGUCCUCUGCUAAUGAUUUUGGUGGAAGUGUUCAAGAAUCAGAAGAAGAUGAUGUACAAGUCUCUGAUGCGACUGUUAUAAGCGAGGGUUUAAUCGUUGUGGACGGUAGGUCUGAGAUAAGUUUGCCAGAUAGCGGGCGGGUUCUUGCUACGGAGAUUAUCCUAAACGAGACAACAAUAGAUGAGGUUCCCACAGAAGAAGUCGUUAUUACGAGUCUGAAACACGAUCUUAAUAUGGCAGUGAGAUCUUCAGAUGUGGUCAUGAAGUUGCCUGAAGAAAACCAUUAUGUAGAAAGAGGAAGCAGGAGUGUCUAUGAACAAGAUUCAAUACCUCUCUGGGGCAUGGUUUCAAUUUGCGGUGGAAGAUCUGAAAUGAUGGAGACUGUUAAAGUUUUACCUAAUUUUCUGAAAAUACCGAUUAAAAUGCUUAUGGAAGAUCAUGAAGGGAUGAGUCCAAGUCUCACACACCUCACUAGUCACUUCUUCGGUGUAUAUGAUGGCCAUGGAGGUGCUCAGGUUGCUGAUUUCUGUCAUGAUAGAAUCAAUUUUGCUUUGGUUGAAGCAAUCGAACGGAGUAAAGAGGAAUUGUGCAAGAAGAACACUGGCGAGAGUAGGCAGGUCCAGUGGGAGAAAGUCUUUGUAGAUUGUUACCUGAAGGUCGAUGGUGAGGUCAAAGGAAAAAUCAGCAGACCUGGUGUUGGUUCUUCUGACAGGAUGGUUCUUGAGGCUGUUUCCCCCGGAAAUGUCGGAUCAACUGCUGUGGUUGCUUUGGUUUGCUCAUCACACAUAAUUGUCUCAAACUGUGGUGAUUCAAGAGCCGUUCUACUUCGCGGCAAAGACUCUAUGCCUUUAUCAGUUGAUCACAAACCAGAUAGAGAGGAUGAGUAUGCAAGAAUAGAGAAAGCUGGAGGAAAAGUUAUACAAAGGCUAGGCGCUCGUGUUUCUGGUGUUCUUCCCAUUUCUAGGUCUAUUGGUGAUGAAUAUCUGGAGCCAUAUGUAAUACCAGACCCUGAAGUGACGUUUAUGCCACGAGCAAGAGAAGACGAGUGUCUUAUAUUGGCCAGUGAUGGACUUUGGGACGUGAUGAGUAACCAAGAUGCUUGCGAGUUUGCAAGGAAGCGGAUCUUAUGGUGGCACAAGAAGAAUGGAGCAUUGCCUUUAGCUGAGAGAGGUGUAGGAGAAGACCACGCGUGCCAAGCCGCGGCUGAUUAUCUCUCCAAACUCGCUCUUCAAAAGGGAAGCAAGGACAAUGUCUCCAUCAUAGUGGUCGACUUGAAAGCUCAAAGGAAGUUCAAGACUAGAUCUUGA